GCGCUGAAUCCUUUUCGGGAAAAAAUCCGAAAAAGAAGACAUUUAUUCGCUGCUUGGGUACGCGCUUGCGGUCUGAGCUUUGCAAGUGUUUUGUACAUUUUGGAUCUACAUGAUUUGGUCUUAGGGAACCCAAAUACAGGUCAAGGAUGCAGUUCAUGCUCCUGUUUAGUCGACAGGGGAAACUGAGGCUGCAGAAAUGGUAUGUGCCACUGUCAGACAAAGAGAAGAAGAAGGUGACCCGUGAGCUGGUUCAGACCGUUCUGGCCCGCAAACCCAAGAUGUGCAGCUUUCUGGAGUGGAGGGACCUCAAGAUCAUCUACAAGAGAUACGCCAGCCUGUAUUUCUGCUGUGCCAUUGAGGCCCAGGAUAAUGAACUCAUUACACUGGAGAUCAUCCACCGAUAUGUGGAGCUGCUGGAUAAGUACUUUGGCAGUCAGGUGUGCGAGCUGGAUAUUAUCUUUAACUUCGAGAAGGCGUACUUCAUCUUGGAUGAGUUUCUGCUCGGUGGCGAGGCACAGGAGACUUCCAAGAAAAAUGUCCUGAAGGCCAUCGAGCAGGCGGACCUGCUGCAAGAGCCCCGUCACGAGUACUUCAACGUGCCUGUGUACUAAAUGGCUGCUGCCACCACCCUGGUCUACAAGCAGAGACCCUCUGUCAGGCUCAGCCCUUCCUGCAAGUGGAGCCCCACCCACUGGCUCCACCCACCCCAUGCCUCAUCCUGUCACCUGUUGCCUGUCUGGUUAGAGGUCACUUCUGCAACACCACCCAACCACCUGUCUGCUUGGCCUCCGGUGACACACAUCUGUGUAGAAAGAGACCACCAACUGUAGGGGAAAUGAAUGUAAAUACAGUGCAGAAUGUUUGUCUGGGUGAAAUACACUGAGCACUGCACCCAGCCAUUGCCACUCUCAGGUAGCAAGUAGAACACAGCAUAGUGUUAUUCCAUCUGCACUGUAGUUGCACUGUGUUUCACAUUUUAUUGAACAUAUCCAUGUGGGGGGUUGGAGGACGAUUGUUUUUAUGUGCAAAACUGGGAAAAUGCAAAAUAAUUUUACUGAAAUUAUAAAUAGUGAAUAUUAUUAAUAACACUAAUAUUCACCUAUUAGUUUUGAACUUUGUUAAUGUCUGUGUCAUUAACUAAAUGUAAAAGAAAAAUGGAAUGCAAGUUGUGCUUGCAAUUAAGCACUGGAUCGAGCUGUUCAUUUGUCCAAACUGAACUGAACCAGGGCAUUACAUUUCUGCCGUCAUUUGUGACAAUUUCAAGAUUAAAAAAAAAAAAAAAAAAAACUUCUGUUCAAAAAUGUUCAUGUAAAAACGACAUUAAACAUUUCUAGCUGCACACUAUAAAUAUACAUGAUUUUAUUUAUAGUUUAUUGUGUUGGGGUAUUUAAAAUAAUACCACUUUGAAUAAAUGCAUGUAACACUAGGUACACUUUGAAGCAUUUGCUUCUUUUCUGAAUUGCUUUGGUUUGUUAUUUCAAUUGCUUUUGGUUAUUUGUUUUUGUACAUCCACAUCUGUUCUACAUCUAUGCCUGAAAGUGCACAAUAUGAGAGGGAUCACUGUAUAAAAAUUUGAUUUGUAUGGAACACUAAAACAUUGGAUUUUACAUUCUAAAAUAAACUGUAUGAAUUAUUUCCCUACGUGUAAGGGCUGUGAGACUGUAUUGGAACUGAUCAUAUAUUGGAUUGUGAUAAUCAAAUUAAGAGCAUUAGAAAGAGCUUUUUUUUAAAAGACACUGGAAUUUUACAUGAUUACAAUUAUCUUGAGCAUCACUACAUACGUAGGCCAUAUACUCUUCAUGUAGAUGUUUCACGAAAGUGUUGAAUAAAUGGUAAACCUUG